AUGUAUGUGAAAUGGUUUGAUACAGUAAUGUUUUAUAUAUGUUAUUUUAGUGUAUUUAGUGAAUGUCACUUUGUCAUUUUCAAAUUUCCCACCGUUCCGUCCCCCGUACGUCCCCAACGCCGCAGGGACGGAACCCAGAAUACAGAUGCCGGCAUCGGCCGGAGGACAUUACAGGGAACACUGCAGGAGGGACAUCGUGGGAGCGCAGGACAAGGUAAGUGAAGAAGGGAUCCCGGAGCAGCACUGCAGGGUAUUCCCAAGUGUAGCUCGAGGUUACCGCUUGUGCUACACUCGGGAAUACUGCCAGGGAGGUUA